AUGGUUUAUAGAUAACAUAACCUAAACGAACUGAAGUAUAAUGUUUGGAAUUACGGAUUAAAUUCUUGUAUAUAAAAAGUUUCUAUAUUAAUAUGGCAACAAAAGUUGUAGCUACAGCAACUGUUAGAGCGGUCAAAAGAACUUUAUUACCAACAAGAGCAGCUUUACUUUUGACACCUUCUGCAGUUAAUCGGAUUAAAGAUAUACUUAAAGAUAAAAAUCAAUAUAUUGGUUUGAAAAUUGGAGUCCGCCAAAGGGGCUGCAAUGGUUUGUCGUAUACUUUAGAUUAUGCAGAAAAAAAAGAUAAAAUGGAUGAAGAGGUAGUACAAGAUGGUGUGAGAGUAUUUAUUGAUAAAAAAGCACAGUUGACACUAUUAGGGACUGAAAUGGAUUACGUAGAGAGUAAACUCAGUUCCGAAUUUGUCUUCAACAAUCCAAAUAUUAAAGGAACCUGUGGUUGCGGCGAAUCUUUUAGUGUAUAAAAAUGAAAUAUCUGACAAUUGUGAUGAAUUGUAGUGAUAAUAUUAAACAAUAGAGCAUGA